AUAUACGAAAAGUUCCACUAACAAUGUCAAAGUACAAUUCCAGUUGUCUAACUCGAUCGAAUAAAAUACUUUCUGCUAUUUCCCUCCCGUUCGUUCGUUCCUCAAUUUAUCACUUUUCUUAUUAUUCAACUUUAAACACUAAAAUAAGAUAAAUAUGUUUCGCUUUUGAGAUAUUCGCUUUUACAUUACCUCUUUUCGCACAAGUACUUAACCUUUACGCUUGUUGGUAUACACGAUGCCAUUGUUUUCCAAUAAAUUCUCUCCAAAAAAGACGCCCACCAGAAAAGCAGCAGUUUUUUUAGCAAACAAAGAUUUCGGUCCAAAAUGCAUAGAAAAGGAACUUGGACCGAAUAUUGGACCUAUACGUUUAAAACUGGGAGACCAGGAAACUGUUUUCAAGUCUGGUUCGUGGAUUCCAGAGUCAGGGAAAAUUGGAGGCACGUACAAAGAAAAUGAAAGACUGAAGAAGGAAAUAAAAAGAUUAGAAGACGAAAACAACUUGCUAAAGUUAAAAUUUGAAGUACUUCUGGAUAUGUUAACACAGACAACUGCAGAAUUUCAAUCACAAAAGGAAGAACUGGAUAGAUUUAAGUCGUAUAACAAAGACAAUGAAUCUUGA